CAACCGGUUGUAACUCGAAAUAUUCAAUAAUCUGGGAAGCAGUUUAAGAGCUGGACGUCUCACAGCCAAACGAGAAGGAGCUCCAGUGUUUUACAGGUGUUUCGGACCCGGUGACAGCUGACCAGCAGCGAUGAGCUUCUUUGGGUUUGGUCAAAGUGCGGACAUCGAUGUAGUUCUGAAUGACGCCGAGACGAGAAAGAAAGCUGAGCAUAAAAGCGAAGACGGCAGGAAGGACAAGUAUUUUCUCUUCUACGACGGGGAGACGGUGUCGGGGAAAGUCAACGUGACGCUCAAGUACCCAGGGAAGAGGCUCGAGCACAACGGCGUCAAGAUCGAGUUUGUCGGCCAGAUAGAGCUGUACUACGACAGGGGGAACCACCAUGAGUUUGUGUCCCUCGUGAAAGACUUGGCUCGGCCGGGGGAGCUCACGCAGUCCCAGACGUUUGACUUUGAGUUCACGCAUGUGGAGAAACCCUACGAGUCUUACACCGGCCAGAACGUCAAGCUACGCUACUUCCUGAGGGCGACAGUGAGCCGGAGACUGAACGACAUCAGCAAAGAGCUGGACAUCGUGGUGCACACACUCAGCAGCUACCCCGAGCUCAACUCCUCCAUCAAGAUGGAAGUGGGGAUCGAGGACUGUCUGCACAUAGAGUUUGAGUACAAUAAAUCCAAGUAUCACCUUAAAGAUGUGAUCGUGGGGAAGAUUUACUUCCUGCUGGUGAGGAUCAAGAUCAGACACAUGGAGAUCGACAUCAUCAAGCGGGAGACGACCGGCACGGGGCCGAACGUCUACCACGAGAACGACACCAUAGCCAAGUAUGAGAUCAUGGACGGAGCGCCAGUCAGAGGAGAGUCCAUCCCCAUCAGGCUGUUCCUAGCGGGCUAUGAGAUGACGCCCACCAUGAGGGACAUCAACAAGAAGUUCUCGGUGCGGUACUACCUCAACCUGGUCCUCAUCGAUGAGGAGGAGAGGCGCUAUUUCAAACAGCAGGAGAUCACCCUGUGGAGGAAAGGCGACAUCGUGAGGAAGAGCAUGUCUCACCAGGCCAUCAUCGCCUCCCAGCGCUUCGAAGGCUCCUCCAAUCCGGAGAAGACCCAGCCCCAGAGCAACGAAGAGGACGACAGCUAAAGCCCAGCAUGCACCUCACCCAACGCGCUGUGAGUGCCGGAGCGAACGCCAUGCGGAAGCUGUCGGCCAAUUCUGUGUGUGUGUGUGUGUGUGUGUGUGUGUGUGUGUGUGUCGAAGGAAUAAACAAACAGUCCGACUCAGACUGUAGUUGCAAGUAAUUCUGUUUGUUUUAACCACCUUGAAGUACCAGC